UAACAUAAAUAGAGCUGCCCAGACAUCCUUUUACCUAGCAACUACCAUCAGCUCCCAGGCCAGCUGGGAGACAUAAUCCAUCCAGUACAUCCUAGAUCUGUUCGGGUUCUCUUCCCAAUAGGACAUGCCCGGAGAGAACCAUGAAACCAUGACUUCUGAUAUGGAGGUGUUGACCUUCAUCCCCACGGCUUCAUGCUCACUUACAGACUGACCCAAUAAGUGCUGUAAGUUACAGCCUGGUGAGGUCAUCAGGACAACAUCCUUGGAAGGGGUGUUCCAUGUUUUCAUACGGUCUUCUGGUGGAAUGACAAAAAAAAAAAAAAACUAUGGUGAUAAAUGCAGGUAAGAGUGCUCUGAAUGAGGACCAGGCAUGCUGUGAGGUUGUACUGGUUAAGAAGAAACCUAUAGGAUCCUUGACACCCAGAAAGCUGCCUACAAGUAGAAGGAGGUCGUCUCUUCCCAAUAGCGAUGGCAUGGGCAUGUUGGAAAAUAAUUACCUCUCACCAUCUACACAAAGCAAGAGAGAGCAGCUGACCAAGGAUGGUACACUCUCAGAAAAAAAGGAUUGUAUUUUUCCACAAGACUCAGAAGGGCUGGUCUUCCAUUACUGGGCUCUGUUUGAUGGUCACGCUGGCUCAGGAGCGGCAGUGGUGGCUUCCAGACUGCUACACCAACACAUUGUGGAGCAGCUCCAAGGUGUUCUGGAGGUCCUGACUAACUUGGCGUCUCUUCCCCCAACUGUAUUGGGUGAAGAACCCAACUACCAUCCAUCCCCAGGCACACAAAGGGCUCUCACCCGAGCUGCUUCCCUACGCGGUGCCACUGGUGCCCCUGGCUCUCCCUGCACCCCUCCAACACGGUUCUUUGUGGAGAAGAAGGUCCAACAUGAAAGCCUUGUGACUGGUGCCUUGGAGAAUGCCUUCAAGGAAAUGGAUGCCCAAAUCGAGACAGAGAAGGCUAUAUACAAUAUCUCUGGUGGCUGCACUGUGCUUGUAGUGGUCUUCCUGCUGGGAAAGCUGUAUGUUGCUAAUGCUGGAGACAGCAGAGCCAUUAUAAUUAGAAAUGGAGAGAUAAUUCCUAUGUCCACAGAGUUUACCCCUGAGUCAGACAGACAAAGUCUUCAGUUCCUUGGUUUCAUGCAACCCCAUCUGUUAGGAGGAGAGUUCACACACUUGGAGUUCCCCAGAAGGGUGCAACGAAAGGAGGUGGGCAAGAAGAUGUUGUACCGGGACUUCACAAUGACUGGCUGGUGA